GGUAAAAGUGUGGCAUUUGGUAGUUUAGCGGGGGGGGAGGGGUUAUAGAAGAGGCAAAGAGCUGAAUUCUGUGUGCGCCAGUGAGAGCAAUGGGCGGUCAACGACUGGGGACGUUUCUGCCGCACAAUCGCAAGCGUGAAAACCAAGUGCAUCCCAAUCGACAUCAGCAAGCAGGGUUGAUGAUAACCUGAAGAGAUUCAUGCGAUUGAAUUGAAUUUUUUUUCGAGAAGACCGAUUUGUUUGUUUUCGGAAUUGCUGCCAAACAGCGCCCACUUGUUGAUGCUCAGUGGAAGACUUCGACGGAGGGCCCUGGCCCUGCUGGGAGCCCUCCUGCUGGUCAUUCUGAUAUGGCCUCCGUGUUGUGCGACGAUGCCAAAACCACUGCCGGCCGUGUUGCCAAAUGUGCCGCAGAUCGACUUUCCCUCGGACCCGGUGCCAGCAGUUUCAGUGACCAGCUCCAUCCAGCAACAGCAUGCAAAUGCCAGCAAGAGUCGCAAAGUGAGCGAACUGAAUCGCUUCAUGAAUGUACUUACGGUGGGGAACUACGACGACCGAGGGGGCACCGGAGAAAGUGAAAAUCAUCAUCGCAGCUCUACGCAUACCGGCAGCCGUGUCGGUAGUGCGAGCGCGAGCGACGACCAAAACCGAACAACGCUAAAUUUACGACAGCCUGAAAAUAACACCGCCGGUUAUUCAAUUGAGCAGUCGAUCGAUAAAAAUAAAUCAAAUGUACAACAAACGGCUGACGUUGUCGCGCUGCGACUGUUAGAUAACGACGACGCCCCAAACGGUAGCGGUGGUGAAUCGAGUAUGCCCGACGCUCGUUAUCGCUCCGAACCGCAGCAGAUAACGCACAAACCGACUAUUGACAGCAUUCUGUCCCAAAGAACACCAUCACUUGCAUCACCAUCGUCAUCAGCGGUGAGAACCACAACAACAUCAACAACAGAAACGGUUCCCCAAGUUCGCAGCGUCGAUGAUCAACUAGUACGAAGUAUAAAUGAGGUCAACGACCGCGGCGGCGACGUCCAAAAUGCCGUCAAUCAAUCAGUAUUCAAUUCUACGUCCAGCAUCGAUCGGCGGCUCAUCUCCGACAACGCAGAGGACCGCAGUCGGUGGUGGCCGGUUCUAUCGAGGGUCGGACGUAGUGCCUCCCCGCCCCAUCACCAUCGGCAUCAGCACUAUCUAACAGGUAAUGGAACCCUAAUGGCUACCGCUGGUGGUGGCGGCCGGGGACGAGGGGCAGGACGACACCAUCACCAUCAGCAGCAGCAGCAGCAGCAUCGUAAUGCGACGGCCGAUGGUAGUGCUAGUGAUUCGUCCAAUCUAGACCGUAACGAACGAUCGGCGAAUCUGUCGCACAUUACCGGUGCGAACCGCAAGAUUCAGCUCUACAUCAAGAACCGAUACCUGCAGCUGCUCGCCGAUGGGACCGUCAAUGGGACGCACGACGAUCAGAGCGAUUUCACGAUCCUCCAGCGAACGACCGUGGCCGCCGGUCAGAUCAAGAUCCAAGGCGUAGCGACCUGUUUGUUUCUGUGCAUGGACACCUGCGGGACAGUCUACGGUUCGAAAGACUUCACCGACGAUUGCGUCUUCAACGAGCAGAUGGAGCAGCACCACUACAACACCUACAGCUCGACGCAGCACUCCAACUCACGACGGACCCUGUACUUGGCACUGAACAAAACAGGCCAGCCACGCAAGAUCCAGAUUCCGGUCAACCGAACAUUGGGCAAGCUGGCCACCUACACGAAAGCGCUCACCCAAACCGUAGUUCACGAUCGCGUUGAGCGAUUGAUCUCGAGACUAUUCGGGGCGAACCACGUUCGCCACGGCCUGAAGCAGCUGUGCGAAACAGGCCGGGCACUGCAGGAGCUAACGGCGAAGGCUAUGCGACCCCGCCCAACGUGCGGUCCCACCAAGGCCCAACCGGCCGUCGUCGGGAUGGCCAAGGAUCCUUCUGCCGGACCGCAAACGGUGGCCGGUGGUAACAAAGACAAAGACAGCAAAGAUAACAUGCGAAAGAAGAAGAAGAAGCGGCGGAAAUGCCGCGAAGACGAACCGGCAGGAGAGCACUGCUUUAGACCGCAAGGAGGUGGUAGCAUAGGUACAAAUAGUGGUAGGAAGAGGCCCCCAGGGCUAGGGAAGAGUCAAAAAUGCAGCCCAGAAGAUGGUGAAUGUGUUGUUAGUCUUAGCAGUAAUAGUAAUAGUAGUAGUUCCAGUAACAGUCCAAACAGUGCAAAUAGUGUAAGUAUUAGCAGUAGUAGUAGCAGUAGUAGUAGUAGCAGUAGUAGUAGCAGCAGCAGCAAUCGCUCAAGCACAAGCCUAGCGAACGUACCAAAUGUGGCUGUUUCGCCCGCUGGGGCAGGCCCGAAGAAGAAGGUGACCAAGAAAGUCAACAACAAAAAUACUCCUUCCAAUGUAAAUAGUAACAAUAAAAAGCCCAAAAAGGGUCCGGGUGGUGGCGGCGGGGGAGCAGGCCAUAACGCUAACAAGAAAGCCAAACAACAGCAACAAAACUCUAGUAGUAAUAGUAAUAACAACAACGCUAGCAGUAGCAGUAGUACAGUGCCAUCGGUCCUGAAAGGUAGAGUGAAAAUGACACCGACGAAAAGGACAACUACGCCGAGGAGAACGACGACGGCGAAGACGACAACGCCGGGUCCUCCGACGACACCGGUCAAUUUCGAUGAUACCUCGCAGUCGGAAGAUGACCUCGAAACCGAGCUGGACAUGGACGACCUGGUGCAGGCGUCGACCGAGUUCAUCGAAGAGGACGAUCUCGACGAAGGAUCCGCUCUAAAACCCACCGCUUCGCCUUGGUAUGGUCUCCCUAAGGUCAGCAGCGCCGCCGCUCCUUGUUGCCCUUCUCCUUCCAACACCACCAUCACCAAUACCACCACCACAAAUGCUAGUAGCUCUAGUGUUAGUGAUAGCAGUUAUAGAACCAAUAGUUUCAUUAGCAGCUCGGUGGAUGAACAUCCUCGGGGCCGGUUCCUCGUAACGUUCAGUCUGCUGAGUUUAAGUUCCUUGCUCAUCGCUUCCAGUGCCAGCACUGCCAGAGUUACACGACUGCUAUAUCUAUGAUCACGUACGCAAAUUACUCACAGUCACAAUCAUCAUAUGUUUUGAUUUUUAGUUCGUUGUGUUAGACUGGUACUGAAGAUUGAGUACACUGAAACAAAAACACUCGACUUCAGUCUAACAGGAAGAUUUUUAGUUUCAGUUUUUUCGGAAGAGACAAAAUUCACCACAGAAAUUUUAUAGACUGAUUAUUUAUAAAACAUUGUAACUAAAUCCUCGAAACACAGGAAGAAGAAAAAAGAAUCUAAGAUUUGACCAAUUUUAUCACAAAAUUCGACCAGUGAAGAAUCAUAGUUUUACCAAGAAACGCCAAGACACCAGCAACAAAUUCAGCUCAGGACAGGUUGAAACAAUCGACAUUUUGCUACCAACAUACACAUACACAUAAACAAUAUACCACGCAGCAUGAAAACAAUAACAAUAUUAUACACUAUAGUAGAGGUAGCAGACAUGCGGUUAGGAAGAAUGUACUUAUUUAACUAUAAAUUUAUAAAUGAAAAUGCCAUGGAACGCGGGAUUCAGAAUGAUUGCGAAACGAAACACGUGCUCGACGACGAAAAAUAGAAGAUUUGGAAUGUAGGAUUGCUCUCCUCCACACAUUGAUGGCAGUGCUCUUAAAUCUCAUCGCUUAAUGUAAGUUUACAGCUGGAAGAGGAAGAAGAAGAAGAUUACACAAACACAAAUAGAGCCGUUGUUUUAAAAACGGUUGAUUGAAAUUAUCAUUUUCCAUGACGAUAUUAUUAGUUGCUUAAUGAACUAGGUAGGAUAAUGAAUUGCAUUGUAAAGGAGAGCUUUGUGUACAGACAGUAAGCUUGGUAUAUGAUAUUGUGUUGAACAGUGGAAAGGAAGAAUGCGAGCUGCGCGGAUUGUUUGUAAAUAUUAGGGCAUGUUCAAUUUUGAAUCGAAAGCAAAAAAAAGUAUUUUAGGUUAUCUCUGAACCCUCACUGCUUAGGUUACACUAUUUAUUGGUCUCGUUGUGGUUCGUAAUCAUCACGUCUUAUUGAGUGGGAAAAAACGAGGGUUUUCAUCAAACAUGAUUGAAGAGAUUUCUUACAGGCUGCAGCACUGCAGUUAUACGCACAUCGGUCCCGUAUCCGCUGCAAUCGUUAUGGAACGUGCGUCGUUUAUGUGUAUAACGGCAGUAUAACUGGAUGGUAGCGACACGGUAUUUGGAUGAAAUUGGCUAAUUGGAUGGUAAGACAGCAAACAUGGUAUCAUUCCGGUUAAUCAAUCUUGGUAAUACAGCCGUAAUCUGGAGUCGGUAAAUUAUCGCAACAUUGUAAGCGUCGAAAGCGGUUUCUUGAAGCUGAUCCAAUUUGUCAUGGCAUUGAUAAAAGAAGUCAUAAGUGAUGUUUAGUGAUUAGUGGGCA